CGGGAUGGGAAUACUUGGUACAACGUUUACACGUUUCAGCCACCGAUUGCAAACGUAGAAUUCAAGAUGCUUAUCGACGAAAGGCUUUGAUAGUAGAGAAGUUAUAUAUGCAAUCAACUAGAGUAUCUCCUUUUGAGUUAACUGAUGGUUUAUGUAGAACAGCCGACAAGUGGAGUAAGAUGGAAUUGGAUUGGAAGAGAACAAAAAAGGUCCCUUUUUUCUGAAGAAGGAUUGACAGGUAAAACAGAAAGUGAUAAAGAAGAGUGGCAAUGUCUAAAACCGACAUCAGCAGUUAGGUGUAAUCCAACACCAAUUUGUCUGACUGACGAUUCUUUAAGUCAACAAGUUAUUAAAUUCACAUUGAUAAAUUGUACGUGUGACUCUGUGUUCGUUCGAUUUAAAUACGUUAUGGAUAAGUCUUAUUUUCGAAACAUCAAGGUCUCGCCAAUAUUGCCAAAGAAGCUGUGCCCUGGGUUACCUGAAGUGUUUACAUUGAUAUUUAAACUUGUAAACCAAGAAGAAUUUAGAUCAGGCAUAUAUUUUAAAAUUGGCUUCGAUGUUUACGAUAAUGUUCCUGCGGAAUCAUUAUGUGUGCCAAUAGUCACUGAAUUCAAAAAGCAACGAUGUGUGAUAGUAUCGGAGAGCGUAAAUAUACCGCCUAUUUAUCCUUGGCAUCUAAAAAGAAAUGAUCAGCAUUCUUCUGAUUAUAUUCAUAUAACUCUACAUGAUCCUUUUCCUUAUCACUUACAUAUUUAUAAAAGAGUGAUGGAUUUAAGUAAAGAUCCAAUUGUUACUUUACAUGCAGACGGGAUAAACACAGAGUUAGUUAUGCAUGAUGUAGAACAACAGGUAUCAACAGAAGCAGUGGUAAACACUGAGAUAGUUACACAUAAAACAGAACAUAAGUUACUCGAACAUAAGCCACUCGAAACUCAUAAAGCCGAGUCUAAAACGAAAGCAUCGGCUAUGCGAAUUGCAGAAAGAAUAAUGGUACACGAAGCCAUGGCUUCUAUUGUUAAGGUUAUUAUUGAACUUGCUUUGGAUACUUUUAUGCUUGAAUCCACAUAUUUGCAUUUACAACCCCACGAAUCAACAAAGAUUCCGGUAUAUUUGACAAAAGUUGAACGUACCGGUUAUCAUCAAUGUUACUAUGAUUUACUAUUCAUUGAUACAAUAACAGAAGAAGUUGCAAUGAAGAAAACUGUAAAAAUCUACGCAGAAGUACUGCCACAUCCAAUAAAAGUGGAUCCUAUUAUAUUAGAUAUGUCUAAAUCGUCGGUUAAACAUGGUUAUUGUGAAGAUGUUUUCGUAAUUACCAAUACCCACAAACUAUACUCUGCUAUGAUUAAAAUCAAACUAACUACGAAGAUGAAAAAGAUGUUUUACGUGGAACCUAUGGAAACUACAAUCCCUGGAUUAUGUUCUGUACCAUUUUUUGUGAAAUUUUGUUCUAGAGAUUUUCUAUCAGUCAAACCAAGCGAAGAUUUAGUUCAUUUCACGUUCAAAAUAAUUAUCCGUGGAUAUAAAGCAGUUUACGAAAACGUACCACCGUACUUCUAUGAAAUAAUUGCACCAUGUGCAGUUGAAUUUAAAAAGGUUUAUGACGAAAAAUACUUUAAAGAAACUGAUGACGAAAAUUAGGUUGAUUGAUUUCUUAUUUUUUUAUUUGUUAGAUCUGAUAUACAUAUAUUGUUUACCAGUAAAUUAUAAUUCUUUUAAAAUAGUAGAUAUAUUUUCCAUAUUUCUGUUUUUUCUUUUUUGUCACUUAAAUAGUAAGGACCACUUUGACUCUCUAAUGGUUCUGGCUUAGAAAACUUGUUAAGAAUCCCGGGAAUACAGAGUAAUGUUUGACAAGGAUCAAACCUGCUAUCGCGUCCGACUUGUUGUAUGUAAUACAGGUCAAGUGAGUUGAUUGCCUGAACCCGCAUAAUAUCCCAGACCAGAUCUACAGGUCGUACAACCGGUUCAAUGUGACAAUCGAUUAUAAAUCAACGACAGUUUUGAUAGAAUCGAUUGUGCUAUAACACCUUUAUUAUGAUUCGAUACCACAGUACCUGUCGACCUGCGAAUCGUAAACUUCAAGUUAAUCACAUUACCCAAUCUCAUAUAUUAUUCUUUGAUUAAUAUGAAUUCAUGAAAAUCUUCUGUAGCCAUAAAUCAUCUUGACAAAGUUUAGGGAAAUAAACAAAACUUGGCACUGCAUUUGAAUUAAGGCUAUCAGCACUGUUUAUCACAUUUUCUAAUCGAUCACCUUUUUUAUCGAUGUUAGUAUUGUAAACACAUUUGCAAUUCACAUCACGUGUGUCACUUCAAACGAUUGUAUGCUUAAGUCCUACGUUCAAUCGAAUUGAUUAUGUAUCGAAUUGUCAUCAGGAAUUCGUUUAGCAUUCACUCGAUACUUUCACAUUAAAAUUGGUUCCUAAUCUGAUACAUGGAUUCUAAAAAUAAUGAGUUUAAUGGGUAUACAUGCUUCGUUUGCUGCGCUCAUAAAUAAAUGUUUUAUUUUUACAUUGAAAGCUGAUUUUGAAUAAUUAACCUCUUUAUUGCUAUGUAACAUUCAUACUUGUUUAUUUAGAUUACUUUUUUGAUGUUUGUCUCCUGAGUUGUUUUUGCUAUUGAUGUCUUUAAUUCUAUCUACAUUUAAACUUCUGUUUACAUUUUAUUUCGAAAUGGCAUUUCUGUAGUUGAAACAGACUAUAAAGACUAACGACUUAGCUAAAUGAUUUAAUAUCAAGACACCGCUAUUGAGAAUGUACCAUUCGUAAUAACUUGAUGGAUGUGUGCAAGCUUACUGUUAUGUUACGUUAGAUUAUAUCAUAAUUGACUUAGGAAUGGCUGCAAUUUCUUAGAUAAAGGAAAUCUUAUUACUUUGUCUUGUAC